GGAUUAUAACCACAUCAAACGAAAUGGAACAAACGAAAGCGGUACACGAUUACUAUUCAACCAUUCUGAUCUUGGAUUUCGGUUCACAAUACUCACAUUUAAUCACAAGAAGAUGUCGUGAAUUAAACGUUUACUGUGAAAUGUUGCCUUGCACUCAAAAGCUCAAAGAUUUGAACUGGAAGCCAAAAGGUAUAAUCCUCUCCGGUUCUCCUUACUCUACAUACGACAAAGAUGCUCCUAGAGUUGACCCAGACGUCUUCAACGCCGGUGUACCAGUUCUUGGUAUAUGCUACGGUUUACAAGAGACAACCAACGUAUUCGGCGGUAAAGUUGAAGCCUGUGACCACCGUGAAUAUGGUUUUGCUGAACUCAACAUCGUCAAGAAUGAAGAGCACUCACACGUUAACAAGCUUUUCGAAGGUAUUGAAGGAUCUAUGCAAGUUUGGAUGUCACAUGGUGACGCCGUUAAGGAAGCACCAAAGGAUUUCGUCGUCAUUGGUAAAACUAACACCGCACCUUUCGCUGCUAUUGCACACGUCGAGAAGCCAAUCUAUGGUAUACAAUUCCACGCAGAAGUCACCCACUCACACCGUGGUAAGGAAGUUAUUAGCAGAUUCGUAAAGGACAUUUGUCAAUGUAAUGGUGAAUGGACUAUGGAAUCAUUUAUUUCAAAGGAAAUUUCAAGAAUUCGUGAAAUUUGUGGUGAUAAGGGUCGUGUUUUGGGUGCUGUCUCUGGUGGUGUAGACUCAACCGUUGCAGCAAAGCUCAUGCACGAAGCUAUUGGCGACAGAUUCCAAGCUGUUUUGGUAGACAAUGGUGUUUUACGUAUGAAUGAAGCUGCUCAAGUUUACAAAACUCUCAAGCAAGACCUCGGUGUUAACUUGAAGGUCAUCGAUGCUGCUGAACUCUUUUUGGGUAAAUUAGCAGGUGUCACUGACCCUGAAAAGAAGAGAAAGAUUAUCGGAAACACCUUCAUUGAAGUCUUUGAAGCUGAAGCUGCAAGAUUAGAAUCUGAAGCUGAGAAGGAACUUGAAGAAGGAAAAACUGAGAAGGGUAAAUUCGAAUGGUUAUUACAAGGUACACUCUACCCAGACGUCAUCGAAUCUAUCUCUUUCAAGGGCCCAUCAGCUACUAUCAAGACACACCACAACGUUGGUGGUCUCCUUGCAGACAUGAAGCUUAAACUUAUUGAGCCACUCAGAGAACUCUUCAAGGAUGAAGUUAGAGCAUUAGGAAGAUUAUUAGAGAUUCCAGCUCAUUUGGUCAACCGUCAACCAUUCCCUGGUCCAGGAUUAGCCAUUAGAAUAUUAGGAGAAGUUACUAAAUCUCAAGUACAAAUCGUCCAGCACGCAGACUCCAUAUAUAUGGAAGAAAUUACAAAUGCGGGAUUGUAUGAUAAGAUUUCGCAAGCUUACGCUGCUCUCUUGCCUGUUAAAGCAGUCGGUGUUCAAGGUGAUAAGAGAACAUACGAGCAAAUAAUAGCAUUGAGAGCUGUCACAACUACUGACUUUAUGACUGCUGAUUGGUUUGACUUCCCUCAUGAUGUCUUAAAGCGUAUUUCAUCAAGAAUUACGAACGAAGUUAGAGGUGUCAACCGUGUUAUGUUGGAUGUAUCAUCAAAACCACCAGCCACUAUAGAAAUGGAGUAAAUAUGAGUUGUUUUUAGUUUUUUCUAGGUUGUAAAUUGUUUAUAUGUCAUUAAAAUUUUCUGAAACUACUAUAUC